ACCCGAGAUAUGCAUAUCCUGGCACCAGCAGGUGCUACCCUACCAAUGCAUGUUCUCCGUGAUGAAUCCAAUAGUUGCUUUAGAUCCGUUGUAUCUGCUGUGCCUGCGUGAGCAACUUUCACACCCAUUUCGCCACCGGAAGCAUUUAAACAUGAUGUGCUGGAAUAUUGCAGACUGAUCACUCGCCCGGAUACCUCCUCCUGGCUCUAGAUAUGGAAAUGACCUUACCAAUCUUCGAUCGCCUGGAGAACCUCUUUAUCGGCGACUCACAUAUCUCACUGUUAACAACUAGAAGCUCUCCGUUCUUGCUUAGGGUGCAAAAUGUACUUGGGAAGAAGUAUUGCAACUCAUUCCAUGGUUUUCGUGGCAAAAACACAAACGGAAUACGUACGAUAUUAUCUCCGAUUCUUAAGCCAAAGCGGAGAAUCCAAGCAGUCGUUAUUAUCGUGGGAACAAAUAGUGCUUGUCAUGAUGAACGAUGGGAGUCUAACGAAGAAAUUCGGAAUAAUAUACGCGCCAUUAUCAACAGAAUCAAGGAAGAAGAUCCAGAUAUCUUUAUAUUACUCAAUACACCACCUCCACUUCGCGUCGACAUAGAAUACAAAGCAUAUGAGGUAGAAAAAGGUCGGAGUGAGCAGAAGAUAUUAAGAGAGCAAGUGAGAAUAGCGGAGAUUGCAGAUUUGAUAAGAGAGUUCAAAGGUCCUAAGGUUGGCAUCUGUGAUUUAUUUAAGGCAUUUUCAGAAAAAGAUGGCAACUGGUAUGUUGAUGAUGCCCAUCUGAGCGAGGACGCUGAGGAUAUUUGGGCCACCAUGGUUCUGUGCGAAUUAAGGAAUGUGGGAAUUAUGGGAUCAUAGUUUGAUUAUCAAAGCAUAAACUUGAAGCUGUGAAGCCUCACUAUCA